UAAAACUAGGGUAGUAGAGUAACAGUGCAGUAAUUUUGCAAAACCUAACAGGAAAAUGUAGUCAAUUUUGUGUUUAUUCUGUAAAUUACAUCAUCAAUCAUGGGAAAUACUGAGAGUAACGUGACAAGCGGUGUGAAGAAACAAGCAGGCGCAUCUGUUCAGCCAAUUUAUAAAUUGGCGAAUUUAAAAGGUGGUGGAUUAUUAGUAGAACUUAUGAAGAGAGCAACACAGAAUAAGCAAUAUGCAGAGAUUGAUCACGCAAUUAAAACAAAAGUUGAACCUUUUCUGUACAACAAAGGAAAAGGUAGAUAUAUACCAAUUGCGGAUCUAGUCCUUCUAAGAAACAAAGAACGAGCUAAAUAUAAACAUCUACCACCAUUGAAAUCCAUGGAAAACCCAGACGAUUAUGAAGUGGACGACGAAGGACCAGAAGUCACCGAAGAAGAAUAUCAAAGAAAUCCGAGUGCAUAUCGCCAUACUUGUUGGAAAUUGCGGGAACGUGGAGCUGUAGGUGAAACCAUCCUUCAUUUAUGUCUGUUGAAUGCCACAUCUCUCCAUGCAGAUAUUGCUAAACGUUUACUACGGUUUUAUCCGAAACUUAUUAAUGACAUUUACAUAUCUGAUGAAUAUUACGGUGAAAAUGUAUUGCACAUUGCCAUUGUCAAUGAGGAUCCUGGAAUGGUAAAGUUUCUUCUGCAAUCUGGUGUGAAUAUUCAAGAGCGAUGUUUUGGUAAUUUUAUGUGUCCGGAGGAUCAAAAAUCGUCAAGAACAGAUGCCUUAGAUCAUGAAUGGGUUAAUGUGUGUCCACAAACUAAUUAUGAUGGGUAUGUCUAUUGGGGUGAAUAUCCUUUAACAUUCGCUGCGUGUCUAGGACAAGAAGAAUGUUUCAGACUCAUGUUAUCAAGAGGUGCGGAUCCAAAUGCACAAGAUACAAAUGGAAACACAGUUUUACAUUUGUUGGUAAUCUAUGAAAAACUCGAGUCUUUUGACAUGGCUUACGAAGUCGGGGCCAGUUUACAUAUCAAAAACGUAUUAAAUUUAACUCCAUUACGAUUAGCUUCUAGAUUAGCCCGUGUUGAACUAUUCUUCCAUAUUCUCAAUUUAGAAAGAGAGAUUUACUGGCAAAUUGGUAGUAUUACAUGCGCGGCGUACCCGUUGAAUCAAAUCGAUACAAUUGAUACAGAAACAGGCAAUAUAAGUCGAACGUCCGCUUUGAAUUUAGUUGUUUUUGGAGAUAAAGACGAACAUCUUGAACUAAUGGACGGAGUUCUUAUUGAUUUGCUAAAUGCAAAAUGGAAUACAUUCGUCAAAAACAAAUUCUAUCGACAGUUCUUCAUGUUUACGUUUUAUUUUAUAAAUUCAUUGAUUGCGUUUACUCUGCGUCCUGGGCCGCCUACACCAACUGAAGCUAAAAACGCAACAAAUGCUACAAAUGGCAACUUUACUCUUAGUAAAAUCAGAAACUUUAAUUUUAAUUCCAAAUAUUACACUUACUACAAUAGGUAUGAAUCUAUUAUAACAUUAAAUGUAAAUUUGUUCUUAAACUUGCGAAUUUUAGGAAGUAUUGAUGACAUAGAUGAUAUGGAAGAAUGGUGGGACAAUUUACGUGAAGAAUGUAGAUUAAUGGCAGUAGAUCAAGCCGAUCAACAGAUUCGUUUGAUAACUGAAGUUGGAAUGCUCAUUGGUGCUUUUGUUUAUCUAUGUGCAGCUUUUAGAGAAGCUCGUUUCUUAGGUGGACGCAUGUUUUAUGAAAAUUUGAUGACUGCGCCUUCAAGAGUUAUGUUUUUAUUUUCGUGCAUUUUGACGUUAAUAAUGCCAGUGUUACGAUUUUCUUGCCAGACUGAAAAUGAAGAUAUCAUGUCGCUAGUUAUAAUGUUAACAACGGCGCCAUAUUUUUUGUUUUUCUGUAGGGGAUUUAAAACAGUAGGUCCUUUCGUCGUAAUGAUAUACAGAAUGGUAAUGGGUGACUUGCUUCGUUUCGCUUCGAUUUAUUUAGUGUUUGUUAUGGGUUUCUCACAAGCGUUUUAUAUCAUCUUCCUAUCGUUUGAUAAUCCACUCACACCCUGAGAAGUCGACGAUUCGAAUACAAAUCCAAUGUCUACGCCCGUGGAAUCCAUCAUGGCGAUGUUUCUAAUGUCAAUGACGAAUUUCGGAGAUUAUUAUGAUGCUUUAGCAAAAACUGAGCAUGAAGUUGGUGCAAAGAUUAUGUUUGUAAUAUUUAUGGUCAUUGUUGGCGUACUUUUGAUCAACAUGUUGAUCGCCAUGAUGGGAAACACUUAUCAGAAAAUUGCAGAAACAAGAAAUGAAUGGCAAAGACAAUGGGCGCGCAUUGUUUUGGUUGUUGAAAGAGGCGUCAGUCCUUCAGAACGACUCAAACAACUCAUGGUUUAUUCCCAACCAAUGUCAGACGGCACACGAGCUCUGGUUCUCCGUCUUAAUCAAACAGAUGAAGAUAAGGAAGAAAUGAAAGAGAUCCUCGAAAUGAAACGCCGACACGAACGCUACUUGAAAAAGAAGCUACAAGCUCAAACAACCAUACAUUCUACAACAAAUGGACACAAAGUUGUUUAGGUUUACACUUAUGCAUGUCAUACUUUUAUUGUUAUGCUUACAAUUAGCACUUACAUACAUUAAUUCCUUAAGUUAUAAAUACUAUGUAAAUAUGUAUGUAUUACCAGGUGUAAUUUAUGAAAGUGAACAUAGGAAUUUGAAAGCAUAAAUUACACAAGGUACCACACACUA